AUGCGAGUUCCUGGGAAAGGUGGCGGUCCCGAGCCCGUUGUUGUGCCAUCGUCACAACAGAAAAACAUCAUAUAUGUACUUAACAAGAAUGAAGAAGGAGGACAGCGAGUUAUCGAAGUACCUGCUCCUCCUCCUUCUGAGCCCGAGGUGUUCUUCGUCAACUAUGCUGACGGGGAAAAUCCUCAACUCCCAAUUGGUGUGGAUCUCCAAACUGCUCUUCGAGCUGCAGUUAACGGAGGACAAAUCGUCGGUGGCGCUGCAGGUGCUAGCACUUUAGGAGAUGGAGGAUUUGGAGGUGCUCCUGCACUGGGUGGUGAUGUUUUUGGCGGUAGUGGAGGAUUUGGUGGAAGUUUAGGAGAAGCAGGUUUUGGAAGUGGGGUUGGACAAGUGGAUGUCUUUGGAAGUAGACAUAUUCCUGCCCCAGCGAUCACUUACGGUGCACCAUAA